AUGCUUGACUGGAAAUCCUGCGUCCUCGAGUCCGUCGACUCCAGUCCUAGUCCCUCCACUACUACACGUACCGACUCGGCCAAGAACACACCCUCCCCCGCAAUGCACCCUCCAGAGACCACCGCUCCGCGCAAGUUCGCCCCCGAUGCUUCCUUGGUGCUUGUCGGUAUUCGUGGCUGCGGCAAGCGCUCGCUCGGUUUUGUCGCGGCGACUGCCUUGAAGCGUCGCUUCAUCACAGAAGACCACUACUUUAAAGAAAUCACGGGCGUCACGAGACAGGAAUACUUGAAGACACAUGGCAGCCAGGAGUUCCAACGUCGGGAUAUUGAGGUUUUGAAACUGAUGCUCGACAACCAUCGGACGGGCUGCGUGGUGGAAUGCGGAUUGGGAAGUCUUACACGGCCCGUUCAGGAUCAUCUGCGGCGCAUCGUCAAGACAAACCCCGUGGUCCACCUCGUUCGCGACAUUGAUCGCAUUCAACAACUCCUCGGCCUGGACGACCAAUCCGUACGACUCCUGCGCGAGGGAGACCCGCUACAUCGAACUUGCUCCAAUUUCGAAUUUUACAAUGUCGAGGAUCGCACGCGAAUUAUCUCGGACGACGGAAGCCCCGACCCUCGCUCGGCAGCAUACUCGUUCAAACUACAAGAAGUGAAGGAAGACCUUACCCGGUUUGUCCGCUUCGUGACCGGAGUCGAUGUCAACCAUUCGAGCUACGAUUCGCCCUUCGUGCUGCUCGAAACACCACCCGAGCUUCGGUCUUUUACUCACGCCAUCUUCGUGCGAUCCUCGGAUCUCAUCGCCGACAAUGUCAAUCUGCUAGAGCUGGAGUCUGGUGGAGAUGCCAUUGAGCUUUGUGUCGAUCGCUGGGGUCCCGAAAUGCCCAAUGUGAUUAGCAAACAAGUGUCUGUGCUUCGUCGUAACGCGCGGACUCCGAUCAUUCUUUCCGUGGACACGUCAUCACUCACAGCCGCGAAAGGCCGUGAUCUAUCUGCAACAUACUUCGAUAUCCUGGAACAUGCUCUGCGCUUGGCAGUGGAAUACUUAGUGGUCAACCUUGGCGAGAAUCGAUCUCAAUUAGCCCAGAUCAUCCGCGCUCGGGGCAAGACCAAGAUCAUUGGACAGCACAUCUUUGAAGCGUCAUCUCGUGUGAAAUGGGAAGAUGAUGGGUGCGUGUCUUUGUAUAAUGAAGCUGAAAAACUUGGAUGCCAGCUCGUGCGACUUCUCCGAGUGGGCACAUCCAGAGAGGAGAAUGCGAGUGUGCUAGAGUUCGCCAACAAGAUUCGGUCUCUACCGGGAGACCAUCCACCUCUGAUUGCCUAUAAUAUUGGCCGUCUGGGACGAACGUCACAAGUGUUCAACUCGAUUCUUACGAGCGUGACACAUCCUGCGAUUACUCGAGAGACGGAGAACGAACGUGAUCCGCAAAUCACUUCGCGGGAUGCCGUCCAGGCCCUCGUUCAGAGCUACGUGCUCGACCCGCUGAAAUUCUGUAUUCUCGGUGCCAGCGUAGCCUACAGUUUAUCCCCGGCCAUGCACAACGCAGCCAUUCAGCACUGCGGCCUAGGCCAUGUCUAUCGAAUCCCCGACUCUCCUUCUCUCGCUGUAUUGGAUGAGCUACGCAGGGAUCCUAACUUUGGCGGGUCUAGUGUUGUCCAACCAUGGCGUGUAGAGCUAUACCAUAAAUUGGCUGCGAAAAGCAGACACGCCGAGGCUAUUGGAGCUAUCAACACAAUCAUGCCCCUGCGAGGGACAGCUGAUGGGACGAUGUACCCUCUCCAAGAACAAGCCAGUCGACGCAACCAGGCAGGCCCUGUGUUGGGUUGGUACGGCGAGAACACGGACUGGGUGGGUAUCAUGACCUGCAUCACUCGACAUUUGUCACCUCGUAACGCGAUCAGCGCCAAGACUACCGGCCUCAUCAUCGGAGCCGGUGGAAUGGCGCGGUCAGCAAUCUAUGCCAUGCUGCGCUUGGGCUGUCGCAAGAUAUUCAUCUACAACCGGACGCAAUCACGAGCAGAAGAAGUCGCACGUCACUUCAACUCCUGGGCAGCAGGUCAAGUUGAUUCGGAAGAGGUGGUGCGAGUACUACGAUCUCUUCAGGACGACUGGCCUGAUGAUGCCAGUCCACCUAGUCUGAUUGCCUCUUGUGUACCCGCCGAUCCGGACGGAGACCAACCCCCCGCCAACUUUGAGAUGCCAAUGCAAUGGCUCGGCAGUCCAACCGGGGGUGUAGUAUUAGAGUUGGCCUACAAACCCCUAGACACACCUCUCCUCAAACAAAUGCGUCGCAUCCGAAGUGACAACGGCCGACCAUGGGUUCUAUCCGACGGGCUAGAAAACGUGAUCGAGCAAGGCAUUGCGCAAUUCGAAUUGAUGACCGGCCGCAAAGCACCCCGCCGCCUGAUGACCCUGGAGGUUCUCCGGAAUUACGAGGGGGACAGUGGACGGUUCGAUGAAAAGACGAUACAGGCCCGAUUGGAUGGGAUUUGUUCUUAG